UUGUGUGUGUGAGAUUCGAAAUUCAAAAAGCAAGCAUCGGCACAAGCAAUGCGUGUGCAGAACUAUGUCAAGCAAUAACAGUACAAAUAGAAAGCAAUAUAAUGAUAGAAAAAUACAGCACACAUCGCGCAUUACGCCCAAAAUAAGAGAAUAUCUGGCUGAGAUGGCCAACGAGCGCGAACUGGAGCUGCAACGCUUCAUGGCAUUAUCAUCGACAUCACCCGCCAGCAGCAGCAUCAGCGUCGGCGCGCACAGCAGCAGCGGCGGUGGCGGCGUCGGCGCCUGCGCCGGCAGCGGCAGCGGCAGCAUGGGGGUUGCAACAGCUGCCUGCGCAGCUGCCAUGGCCUGCAUUAGAAAGCAAAAGAAACGCGCGUUGCCGGCCGCUGAGCACGUUAAGCAGAUACCGAUUGUGAUGGAGACGGGACGCACUGCGUCCGCGUCUGUUGAGGAUCUGCGCACACCCACCAAAGGCACCCAAACGCAGACGCCGCAGAUGCAGACGCGCAAAACCCAAACACCAGAAUCGGCGCUCAAAUCGCACAAACGCCUCGAAUGGGAUCCCGCCGCCGAUGUCGGCUAUCGCUGUCAGCGCGCCGCCUCCGCGAGCAACAUUAGCACACUGGAACGCUCCGUGCUGGAGGCGGCCAUGCAGCCGGCAGGGCAACGGGCGGCGGCGGUCCAGCGCUCCAAUCACUCCGAAUCCGAUUUGAAUCGUUUGCAGGCGGCGGAGCAGCUGCCUCAGCCGGCGCCGGCGCCGCCGCUGGCCUCCAGCACAUUUGUCAAUUCCAGCCGCAGGUCCAGCCAGCCAACGCCCACGCCGACGCCGGUGCCCAGCCAGAGUUCACGUCGCGAAUCCUGCGCCACCUCCGCGGUGAGCAGCUUCGAUUAUCAUCACAAUUCGCGGCCAUCCACCGGGCAGAGCAACAGCAAUAGCCAGAGCAGCAGCAGCGGCAGCUGCAAUCGGCAGGCGCUCAGCGCCGAGGAGCUGCUGCGUCAUGUGGAGCAGCAGCGUCAGGAGCGCGCAUAUACCGCACAGCUGGAGCAGGUGCUCUGCAAUCGUCGCCACAUGACGCGCGCCCAGAACAAGGAGAAUCAACAGCCGCAGCCACAUCCGCAGCCACAGCCCAGCCCUGUCGUCUCCUCCUCGAGCGUCACCUCCAGCCCGCCUGUGAAAUGCGAUCUGGAUCUGGGCAUCGAUUUGCUCUGCUCGCUGGUCAGCAAGCGCAGCCUCAGCCAUGUGCAGAAAAAGCAGCUCAUACGCGACAUUGCCAAGCGACUCGCCUGCCUCGAUCUGGCCGCCAGCAGCAGCAGCUGCAACAGUCGCGCCGACUCCAGCCGCAGCUCCAGGCGCCAGCACAAGGAGCACAAGGAGCAGCCGCUGCCCGCUGCAAAUGACAACCAGCCGAAGGGUAAGCGCGAGCCGCUGCGCAAGGACACGGCGACCAACACGAGCAAAAGAUGCCUCAUACUCUCGCCGGAGCUGCUGACUCCGGCUGCUGCACCGGCUGCUGCUCCUGCUGCUGCUCCGGCUGCUGUGGCCGUGCCCGUGCCCGCACCUCGAACGCGCGUGGGCACGCCCACGCAAUCGCCGCUGCCCUGCAGCUAUGCAUCCAGCAGCAGCGGCGCCUCCAACGAGCUGGUGACACAGAAAACCAAUCUACAGACUAAGCAGCCGGCCACAACGGACGAGCUGGCCGCCAUGCAGGAGUGGCUGAAUCCGAUGACACAGAGCGAGAUUGAGUACGAGGAGAAGCGACAGCAGCAGCGAAGCGGCCAGCUGGAUGAGGAGCGGCGCACACAGCUGGACUGGAUCGAGACGGAGAUAAGCCGCCUGCGCACGCUGCAGAAUCUACUGAGCAGCGCCGCCAAGGGCGUCAUGCUGGCCGCGCCACCGGACAAGGGUGUCCGCAUACCCAUCCAGCUGAUGGAUGCCAUUGCGGAUGCAGUGCCGCCGCCAGCGGAGGGCAGCGCACUGUCGCCGGCUGCAGUUGUGCGGCGACCGGCGCCGCCAGCGCCAGCGGCUCCGCCUGCAGCACCGCCUGCAGCAUCCCCGCCGCCACCACCUCCUCCUCCACCUGCACCUGCACGUGCACCUGCAUGUGCUCCGCCUGCCAGCAGGCAGCUGCCGCGCAGCAAAAUGGCAACGCCCGCGCCGAGCCAAUCGGGCAGCAGCGAGAGCGUCUGCUCCUUUGUCCAGCAGCGACAGCGCCAGUUCAUGGCCCACUAUCAGAACCAGCAGCAGCAGCGUCUGGAGCAGCAGCAGCAGCUUCUCCUGCUGCAGCAGCAUCAACAGCAGCAGCAACAGCAGCUCAUCCAUCGCCAGCAGCAUCAGCAGCAGCAGCAGCUGCAGCAUCCGUUGCAUGCCACAUGCCACAUGCAGCGCCCAUGUCAGCAGCAUCAGGAACAGCAACCCGAGCAAUAUAUGCAAAUGCAGUACGCCCAGACGACGGGCAAUGUUUAUGGCUGCGUGGAUGAAGGCGCCGUCUACUACCAGGUCGUAAAUUCGCACGGCGCGCCCUGCUACGUGCAACAUGCCCUAAAGGCGGCAACAGUUGCAACAAAUACAACAAUGACAACAGCAGCAGGAGGAGGAGGAGACGGAGGAGAAGCAGCGGCAACUGGCUCACAAAAUAGCUGCAGGGCGACGAGCUCCUCGACGUCGUCCAUGUUGUGCAUCAGCUCGGAGAUGUCCAUACCGAUGAGCAUGGUGAAUGCCUGCGAGGGGACGACAACGACAACAACAACAACAACAACGCAUCAAUAUGACGAUGUGGCAUGCCACCAGCAGUUGCAGCUGUGCCAGCGUCGACGUCACACGCAGCGCAGCACCAGCUCCGGCACAGCACAUCGGGAGCGGGAGCGGGAGCGGGAGCGGGUGCAGGAGCAAAAGCAGCGCCAGCAAAUGCUGCAAGUGCGACCGCGCGGCAUUGCGUAUGUCAUUCAGUUUAGCGCCAAUGGCGACACUAGCGAAAUAUUGGCGGAGUCGCUCUCGCUGCAGGAUCAUCUGCAGCGCGCCCGUCCCCUGUUCUGUGCCCAGUCCAAGCAGCGCAAGGCGAUACUCAAUCAAAUGCAGCUGCUGCGCAAUGCGCGACGCCGCGAACUCGAUCAGCUUAUCGAGAACAGCAGCCUGGAGACGCUGGACAGGCGACUGGAACAGCUGCCGCCACCGGUUACCUCACGCGUCCGCAUCUUCUCUACGCGGGAGAUGAAGGCCCUGACCAGCAAACGCUGCGAGUUUCUGCCCGAGGUGCUGGCCGCACAGAGUCGGGAGCGCGAGGAGCGUCGUCGUCGCAGCAAUCGCAUCAUGCGCGACGUUUUCAAUCGCCGUCUGCAGCGUCGCGUGCGCCGUGGCAAGCUCUCCCUCAAUCACAGUCGCACCGUCAUCUAGCGGAGCGAGGCGUCGCGGAAGCUCAACAAGUGCCAGUUCAACAUGUCCUAUACAUAUAUAUAUAUAUAAAUAUAUAUGUAUCCAAUCAUGGAUCGAAUAUUUCGACAGUUAAUAACUGGUUUUAUGCAUGCUAUUGUAGGCUCCAACGAAUAUCUAUUUUCUAGCUAGAUUUAUCUCUAUACAUCUAAUUUUUUUUUUGGUGUCUUGU